CUGCUGACAGCGUUGACUCCCAUCAUCCCUCCAGAGGAUGCGGCGGAGUAGAUGGAAGAGGAGGCGGAGGAGGUGAAGGACUGAAAGGCGAAGAACAGCAUGAACUGGUUGGAGGGGAAGGACGCGGAUUGUGGUGUGCCGGCGGCAGGUCCACUCUGCGGGGAUGGUUUCCGCCGUUUGACGGGAGGAAGUGUCGCGACCCUGCGGGGAGCGCGGAGGGACAACCUGUGUCUUUUUCUUUUGCCUCAAAUGAUGUGUGGCACUGAAAAAUAAGGCUGGGCGAAUUGUGAGGACCUCAUUUUUUAUUUCUGUGACCUUUUUAACGCUGAGCGGCGCGUUGUCGGUGUCUGGUUGACCCGGUCACGGAGCGGGAGAUCAAAGGGAGCUCAACCCUCUGCAUUGUGGGUCAGCUGCCAUCAUGGCUUUAGCCGUCAUCUUAGCAUCCUCCUCGCCUGCCCCUGCAGACUUCAUGUCAACCUGAGAUUCACGUCGAAAACGCUCCACAUCGACCAGAAUUCAAAGCACCGAGGCGUUUAAAAUGAAAGCGUUGACGCUCCAGCCUCCCUGGCUGGUAGAAAUAUGUUUCUGGACGGCCUUGUGGCUGCUCGGCAGCGGGGAGUCCGCACCGAGCUCCCCGGGCCUGGCGCCCGCCAUCCGCGUGCCACUGCGGCAGGGCGCUGGCGGCGACCAGCCGCUGCCGCCGGCCGUCGGCGGGAGGAGCAGGUCGUCGGCGCGGAGGCGGAGGGGAGCGGCACCGGGUGGCAUCAGCUUCGUGGACAUGAUUGACAACCUCCGUGGGAAGUCCGGGCAGGGUUACUACGUGGAGAUGGCCGUGGGCUCUCCUCCGCAGAAGUUAAACAUUCUAGUGGACACAGGAAGCAGUAACUUUGCAGUUGGGGCAGCUGCUCACCCGUUCCUGCGCAGAUACUACCAUCGCUCUCUCUCCAGUUCCUACCGUGACAUGGGCCGAAAUGUGUACGUUCCUUACACUCAAGGCCGCUGGGAAGGUGAGCUUGGUACCGACUUGGUCUCUGUGCCACACGGACCCAACGCCACGCUGCGGGCCAACAUCGCUGCCAUCACCCAGUCAGAGCGCUUCUUCAUCAAUGGCUCAAACUGGGAGGGGAUCCUGGGCCUGGCCUAUGCUGACAUUGCCCGGCCGGAUGAGACGCUGGAGCCUUUCUUUGACUCUUUGGUCCGCCAGACUUCAGUCCCCAACCUUUUCUCGCUCCAGCUGUGCGGUGCCGGUUACACCCAGAACUACUCCUCGGGCAGCUCCACAGUGGGAGGCAGCAUGAUCAUCGGAGGAGUAGACUCCUCGCUUUAUGUGGGAGAGAUUUGGUACACUCCGAUCCGCAGGGAGUGGUAUUAUGAGGUUAUUAUCGUGCGCAUUGAAGUGAAUGGACAGGACCUCAACAUGGACUGUAAAGAGUACAACUAUGACAAGAGCAUUGUGGACAGCGGCACCACCAACCUACGCCUACCAAGGAAAGUCUUCCAGGCUGCAGUCAAAGCUAUUGAGGCAGCCUCUUCGACAGAGCAGUUUCCCUCCGGGUUCUGGUUGGGGGAGCAGCUGGUGUGUUGGCAGGCCGGCACUACGCCCUGGCACAUCUUUCCAGUCAUCUCCCUGUACUUGAUGAGUGAAAACCGCAACCAGUCCUUCAGAAUAUCCAUCCUGCCGCAGCAAUACCUGCGGCCAGUCGAGGACGUGGCCUCUGCUCAGGAGGACUGCUACAAAUUUGCCGUGUCCCAGUCCAGUACCGGCACAGUGAUGGGAGCCGUCAUCAUGGAGGGCUUCUACGUGGUGUUCGACCGCGAGAAGAAACGGAUCGGCUUCGCUGUCAGCACCUGCCACGUGCAUGAUGAGUUUCGCACCGCUUCUGUGGAGGGCCCGUUUCACGGCAUCGACCUGGAAGACUGUGGCUACAACAUCCCACAGACGGACGAGUCCACUCUGAUGACCAUCGCCUACAUCAUGGCUGGGAUCUGUGCUCUGUUCAUGCUGCCGCUCUGUCUGAUGGUGUGCCAGUGGCGCUUCGCCCGCUGCCUCCACCCACACAGGGACUUCGCUGACGACAUAUCACUCCUCAAAUGAAGGGAUGGACUCACAUGAAACCUAUGCUGAGCUGGGUUGUGUCUAAAGGGAAUGGAGGGGAUUCUUGACACACGUGAUAGAAACAGUGAAUGGCGUACAGAGUGACCCCGGCUGACCUGAAGUUGUUUGUGAGGAGAGUCAUAAUGAACUCGACACUAGCACAACACAAGGUGCAGCGGUCAGCAUCCUCCUUGCCUGUUUUCAGCUACCUAUGCAGAUCAGCUUGGCUAAACGUGAGCUAAAAGGAAAAAAACAUUGUUGUUUUUUUGCAUUUUAUCAGUGUAAGUGAAUCCCUGAAGUGCUGUUGUUUUGAGAAACCCAGAGAGUUGGGAGUGAUCUUCAUGCAGUCAUGUCAUGUCUAACAGCUUCACUGGACUUUGGGACAUCGGUAUGCAGAAUCCUGGGCAGCAGGAUGUGGAGUUGAUGGCAGAACAUGGAUGUUCACCUGGCCUAACGAAGACACAAGUAACCCAGAUAUGGAAACAAUAGAGUCCUUAUUAUGUUGUUAUGUUUGAACAUGUGAACGUGGUUGUGUCUUCUGUUUGCAGCUUUCGAGUGAGUGAAACAAGUAGCUCAAGCAUGCCUGUAUGUGCACAGCUGUACUUCACUGUAACCCAAGAGCAGAAGGUUUUGAGGCUAAGUCCAAAAGUUAAUCAAAAUCUAUAUACCAACGUAUCCCUGCACACGCCAGGAAAGACUUCCGACUGUGAGGCAUUCAGAUGGAUCCUGCAGAAUGCUCUGUUUAUGCCACAGUCAGCUGAAAGCAGAACUUUACCUGUUGUAUAUAAACCAUGUGCAUUCCUAAUGUUCUCUUUGCACAUUCACAGAACACAUAUAUCUUUGCAAGCGACUGCUGAACUGGUUUUAUGGGCUUUGAUGACUAAAUAGGGCUUUUUUUUCACUGGCACUAACCCUUCACACCUUUUAACACUUAGAUGAGGAAAGCAGCCCCAAAUAUGUUAUAUACUAAAUAACAAAUAUAUAUGUCUGUGAGGGACAGUUUGUGUCGUCUCUGAAAAAGCUGUAAAUAGAUCAAGUCUGAUAUUUAUCUGUCAGAUACUGGCAGCCCAGAGGAACCAAUAAAAAGGCUUAUUGUAACUAUGA